AUGAACUUCACGUCCUUCUCGGGGAGCGCGGCCUGUCCGGCUGGCGCUGCAGUCAGUGGGUGGUACAACCUGCCCGGGAUCCCGGUCAAGAAAGGCGAGAAGGGAGGCCCAGCCACUUGGACAGGGCUUCAGGUCUUCUGCCGCAAGACCAGCCUUCUGGCGGCCUGUGCACAGCCCGAAAAAAGCCACUGCGAGGUGGGCCAUGUGGUGAACGCUUUCAGCUACAGCGGCAACCAGUUCAAGCUUGGCUGCUGCAGGCUUCAGAAGCCCAUGGGCACCAAGCUGACCCCAGAUCCGCGGAAAGCGCGGCUCUAUGAGGGCUUCGAAGGCUACUACUGCCCCGCAGCCAUGGGUUCCACGGGGAUGGCAGUGUACCGGAAGUCGCGGAUCGGCCCCCUUGGAGAGCCAGGGACCUCCACAGACUUGAAUUGGACCCUGAGCUGGGAGAAGUUUGAUGGCACCUGGGUCUUGCGUCACGCCCUGGAGAAGUACGCUUCCGUAGAGAGCGAUGCUGUGUCGCCGCUGGAGAUAGAGGCGAAUGCCAAGUUCUCCGCAACUAAGAUCGAGGCGCUGUUGUCAGAGGCCGCGAAGCCCAAGGUGCAGAGCCCAUUCCCAAAGAAGAAGCCCACAUACCCGAAGCUCAUCCAAUUCCGGCCCGUGCAGCCCGACUACAAGGCGUACUGCAAUCCGGCAUUCCUGCAGAACCCAAGCCUCUUCAAAGGCUCCAUCUCAGACACCAACCCAUGCUACCACACCUUCCAUGCGGAACUUGUGAAGGCACGGGAAAGCCACUGCUGUGCCCCUGUUACAAAGUUUCCAGGUUUUGGGCAUGGGCCAUUAGUCAUGAGUUGUGGUUCCUGGUUUGAUCACCGUCGGGGCAACGGAGCAGAGCUGUGCAAAUGCUGUGCAGGGUGUGUCGGAGAAAGGCAUCACCGAGAAGUCCUUCUGGUCCUGUGCCGACCGUGGAAAGGCACGGCAGUAUCUCUCCAGCAUGGCCGAGUACUCCACGGGCAAAGCGAAGGCAGAAUCGGCGAGAGAGAUGAAGAAGCGCCCGGGCUGCCAAGUGUUUGUGCAAGGCAUGUCAAGUCUCUUCGCUUGGCAUCUGAGGAUAAAUAUCGCUGA